AUGUGGAAGAAGGAAUCAACUGAAGAAAAUUGGGAGAUCGAGAAACGGAGGAGCAAGGAGAACAUGAUCGGCGACGUUGCCGCUAAUUCACCGUCCAAUACAGCAGACGAGACAGCGGAGAAUCAACAGCAAGAAAAGCAAUGGCAUUCCUACAUUUAUGAGGAUCUACCUCGUACGGUUCAGGAAUCUGCCGAUUCCGCCGUUCGCUCCGCCCGGUCGCUGCAGCAGAAUUCGUCCACUCAUAUUCGAACUCUUAAGGAUCAUGUAGUUCAAUACACAGCACAGUAUAGGAGUUAUGAAGAUUUGGUGUUCAAUCAACUCACAAUUGUAAGAGAACACCCAACUUUAUCUGCUGGAAUUGCAAUUAUACCUGCUCUUCUCCUCAUGAGAGAACCUUCUACUGGAAUCAAUUCCGUGAAGCCAAAAGUAAAGGGAGUAUCAAUGAUAGAGUUGUUUACAUUAGAGCAGGUUCGUGAACAUAUAACAGGUCUCGGGCAGUGGGUUGGCCAGAGUGCUGUACUUGGAGCAAAAGAUUUACCUCGAACCAUACUCAGUGAUCACAUAGAGAGCAGGUUGUUUGGAAAACUGAAGCAGGAGAGACUAGAGAGCGCAAGGUUCUAUGGGAAAACUUAUGAUGAGGUUCCUGGAGCAGAGGCCUUGUUGUUAGAGUGGUCUCUUCUGUGGACAAGAAGUUGGAAGUCAAGCAACAAUUUCUUGAGAUCUUUCAAGAGCAAAAUUACCUUGUGGAGUUUGGGUAUAAGUCUAAGGUAG